ACGAUCGUGGCUGCGCUCGCAGCCGAACACUCUCACUAAGCUAAAAUCUCGCCGUCAUCCAUGGGGCUCUUCUCAUCGAAAAGUGUGGAGGGACGUGUCACAUGGCAUUUUACUAACGGUGCCGAGGGCGUCUGGACCGGUACAUGCAGAAGAGGCCGGACGGUCAUCCCUUACCGGGUCCAGAAAUGUCGUAGCCAAGUUAACCUGCACAAUAUUAAUGACACUAUCGCGGGAUUCCUGUGCAAUCAGCCUCAUGCAAUCCUGCGGGAACAACAAUUUCAAAAUAUAACUCCUUCAAUUUCGAACAGCUUGUGAUUCUGCGUAUCCCUACCUCGUCCAACCCGGCUCCCUUUUCCAUGCGGGGAGGAAUUUUGACUGAAGAUGACCUGGAGAAGUACUUCACAUUCGGAGAGUGUCCAAGGACAAGUUUCGUAGUACCGCCGCCUUCCUCCAGUUACGAUCGGCAGCAGCCACACUCCACCACCCUCGGUGUGGGAGGGCCAUCUCUCACAAGCCGAUGCUCCAGUGGACCUCCCUCGUAUGAUCAAUGGGUCUACCGGAUACCUGAGAUUCAGCAAGUACCAUCAGGAUCCAGACCGGGCCUUUCAUGUUGCACUACAAUUGUUGACCCAGAUCCAAUGUCAGAAGCAAACUUAUGGACGCGGAUGGUAUCACGCCCGUCAUUGAAACGCUCUCGACGGCCCAUGAACUACGACAUGCAGCAAGAUGUUCUUAACAUCGUGCGGAUUGAUGACUCAUUGAGUGCAGAGAGUGUGACAGUGGUGGAGAUACCGAGUUCUAUGUCGAAGCCAGCAUCAUACUCCGGAAAUAAACCGUCGACGAUAACAAUGGGCGCCUGUAGUGAAGAAUCAAUAAAGUCUGUCCAAUCUGACUCUCCACAUUUUCUAGGAUGGGUUUCCGAAGCGAAAUCCGAUGGGAGGGGCGAAGGGAUCGAGAAACAAGAAUCCUCCAAUACUUGCUUCCUACCAAAGCUACGCCUAAAAACAGCAUGGAAUCGACUGCGCCGUUGGACGACUACUGCACUCAGGGACAUGAAGAGUCGCACUGCGCGUUUAUCAUUAGCUACUCGACCAAUCAGUCUGGCCGGUUGCUCAGAUCUUGAACAUGACAUCUGGAGAUACCCUCAAGGAAAGGACGUCAGAGGACAAACGAAUUGACCGAUGCUGACCAGAUCACGACAUAACGAACAAUUCUCAUAUCAGUGCCUGUGGACAUUCUACAUCUUUGGAUAAUGGACACUUACUCUCAUCACGAACAAAAUGUAUGAUAAUGGAUUUAGUAGCGAUAUAAGACUGUACCUGUACUCUCGAGCGUGCCAGACUAGAGCAACGUAUGUCACCAUCUCAGGAUAUGACGAACCGUUCCCUAUAGCAACUGGAAUAGCAGCAAUGGCCUGCUCUGCGGAGACGACAUAGCAUAAAGAGCUAUGAUGCCUCACUAUGGUAGAGUUCUUUUAUACAAUCCGGAAGAGUUCCGUGUCUAUUUGGGUAGCACUGGGACACGGGUAUAGUGCUCAGAUUCUUGGCUACUUUGUCUCUGUUCGUGAGGUUCGGUUCAUC